AUGGGCAAAGGGCAUUUUCUUUUAAUUUAUUUGUAUCUGUAUUAUUUAUAUGUAGGUUUAAGCAAGGAAGAAAAUGUUAGAGCAAAAUCAAUUAAAUUCAGGGCUGAUGUAGGAGAAUUGUCAUCUAAUCCAUUUUUAGAAAGUAGCAUUGAAAAAAAAAAGGAUUUUAUUAAAAUCCCUGAAGAUUCCAUCUUUCCAAAUGAACAUGAACAUAAUAAAAAAAAUAUAAAUUUGGAACAAGACAAAUGGUCAUUACAUUAUUCUAGAGGUUUGGCAUUUCCACAUUUAGGAAACUCUGAUAUUUAUAUAAAACGUCUACAUCCUAUUCUAUUAAAAAAAAAUAAACUUAGUUUAUUCAAAACACCUAAUAUGGAAAAAAAAAAUAAAGAGUUAAUAGUUCCUGAGAAUUCUUUUAUUCAAGAGAUGAAUCUAGGAACAAAUAAUGGAGAAAUUUCAGAUAAUUACUCUGAAUUAAUUAAAAAAAUUAAAACAAAUAUAACACUAAUGGAAAAAAUUAAACAAAAUGUGGGUGAUUAUAGACAAUAUAAAAUGACUAUUGUACCUCCCACGAAAAACUUGUCGAAACAUCGUUAUAUUAUUAAAAAACUAGAAGAGUUACAAAAAUAUAUAACAGAAAAUAUAGAAUAUUAUCAAUUCGCUAAAGACGAAGUAGAAAAGAAAAUGGAUGAUAUAAAAUCAAAAAAUGGCAAAGAGCAAGAUAGGCCAAUUAUUGAAGAACUUAUGGAUUUUAGGAGGAUGAUAAACGAUUAUAAUCGUGAAAUAGAUAAUACUGUUAAUGAAUACACAAAAAAAAGUAAGAGCAUUUACAGUAAUUUAGAUUAUAGAAUAAAUGGUGUUAUGUUUGAAUCAUUUCCCUCGGACUGUGUAAAUUAUAUAGAAGGGACUGUAAAUAAUGUAUUUGCAUAUGAUAUUAAACAUGAAACUUAUCUAAAAAAUUUUAAUGAUUUUAUUAUAUUUUCAAAUAUUGUAAUACGAUCUAAAGAAAAGCAAUUAAAUCAAAAUGAAACUUUGAAACUAUUGAAUAAUAUUAAAAAUGGCUUGUUUAUUAAUAAAGGGUUUUUUAUAAGAAAUGGAGAAUACAUAAAAAAUAAUAGGGAUAGUUUAAAAAAUGGAGUAAAAAUUAAUCCAAAAGUAAAUCCUAAAAAUAUAGAUGAAACAAAUUCAUUAUUAAAUUUUAUUGCUACAUGUGAAAUUAGGAUUGCUUAUGAUAAAAAUUUACAUUAUAUAGAACAUUUUGAUACUAAAAAAGCAGAAUUUUACGAUAUACUUAGAAAUUCUGAAAAAGAUUUGAAUGAUAAAUUAAUUGCAUUAGUUUAUCCUAAAGAUUUGCUAUCGGAAGGCUCAAAAAUUAAGUCAGAUUCGCAGAGCUUAUUAGACAGAGUAAAUGGUAUAAUUAAUGAGAGUUCUAGAACCAUCCAGUAUAUAUCAAACAAUUAUCAUGGUUCAAUAUUUUCUAGUAUCAAAAACGAAAUUACUCAAAAGUAUGCUAAAAUGGUUUCUCAUAAUGAUAACAUGAAACAAAUAUCUGCUAAUAUUAAUAAAAUAUAUAUAAAUAUAGACACAAGAAGAUACUUAAUAGAAAGGGCAAAAGAUAAAAAAUUAUUCUUAUCUAAAGAAAGUAGUGAUUCUGAAAUUUUGAAUUUCUUUUAUACUAGAGAAAAUUAUGAAAGUAAUAUAAAAACGAUAUAUGACUCAUUUAAUCAAAUAAAUCAUGAUUAUAAUAAAUUAAUGGAAUUAAAAGGUCAAGUUGAGGCAUUAAAAGCAAAUAUUCUAGAAAAAAAUAUUGGACUACAAUUAUUAAAACAGAAAGAAGAUGAAUCUAAAAAAAAAGUUAUAAAUUUGAUUAAGAAUCAAAUAGAGCAAAUAAAAUCCAAAAUAGAUGAUUUGAAUAAAGUUAAAAAAUUAAAAGGAGCAGAUAAUGAAGAUUUAAAAGCAAUUGAAGUUUUAAUUAGAGGAGCAUCAUGCGAUAUGAAAGAGUAUACAAAAAGAAAGGAUGAUAUAGAGAAACAAAUUAACACAUUAACGAAUAAUCUAGCUGUUGCUGCUGAUUCUGAUACAACAAAUAGAAUAUCACAGUUUAUAGUAGAAAAAAAUGAAUUACAUUAUGAUGAAUACGGCUUAAAUGAGCUUGACGCAAUAUUUGAUGAAGCAAAACAAAAUUUUUACAAAAUGGAAAAUAUUAUUGUAAAUACCAGAAAAGCACAAGUUGAUAUGAGAUUUGCAGUAAAUAAAAUUAAAAAACUAAGGAAUGAUGUUAAAAUGAAAUUAAUUGAAGAUUUACAUAAUAAGAUGAAAAUUUCAUUUGAAAACUUUAAAAUUAUUAAAAAUAGAGUAUCAUCAAAAAUAGCUAAUUAUAAAACAAAAGAAGUAACAUUUAAAAAUUAUGAAAGUAAUAUUUUAAAAAUAAAAAAUGAAUUUUUGAAUAAGCAUAUUGAAGAAGAUAAGGAUAAUCUAUCUAGAGGUAACAUAAUUGAAGAAGUAUCAAAUUUUAUCAAAAAUCAUUCUAUUUAUAAAGAUGAAAUUACUAAACAAAUAAAUAAUGAAAAAGGAAUUAUAAAAACUAUUAAAGAUCAGCUUAAAUUGUACAAUGAAGUAGAGACAUUUUUUAUAGAGUUUAAUAACAACAAAACUGUUAAAGAUUUUAAAACUUUAAAAAAUAGUAUUAAUGAAGAAAAUAUAGACAAUAAAUUAUUGGAGCAUCAGGAAAACUUUAAAAAUGCAACAGACUUGAUAGAUAAUAGUACAAACAUGAUUAAACUUUUAAAUGAAAAAAUAGAAAUAUUUAAAGCUUUUAACAGUAUUAUAAAUGGAUCCAAUAAAAAUAAUAAAUCUAUUGAAGCUUUAAAAAAAGAUAUAAACAGUUUGAAAGAAAAAAUUAAUGCAAAAAACAGUAAAAUUAAUGAGGACGCUUUAAUAAAUGAAGAGGAAAAAAAUAAUACAUUAAGCAAAUUAAAAGAAAAAAUAGAUAAAAUAGAUAAUAUAAUAAAAGAAGCUGAUGAUUUAAAUAAAAAGUCAUCUGCCUUACUAGAAUCAUCUGAGAAUUUAAAAAAAACAGUUGAUAAUAUUCAGAAAGAGAAUGAGAUAAAUAUUCAUUCACAAGAUGAAUUAAAAAAAAAAAGUGAGAUGACGGAUAUAACAAAUAAAAUAAAUGAUCUAAAAUCAAAAAGUGUAGAGUUAGAGAAAGAUAUUGAAAGCAUAAUUCAGAAUCACAAUGCCAGCGUUGCAAAAUCUUUUUAUGAUCGUGUAUUAAAAUUAGAACAUGAUAUUAAUAAUGAAGUGAGAGAAAUUUUGAAUAAUUUAGAAGCAACUAAACAAAAUUUCGAAAAUUUUAGUUCUGAAAAUGAUAUGAAAAAAAUUAAAAAUGAUGAUAUUAAGAAGCAACAAAAUACAAUAAUACAAGAUAUUAAAAAUAAUAUAAAACCUAUUAAUUCAUAUGAAGAGAAGAUUAGAAAUAUAAAAGAAAAAUUAAAAAUACAAACAGAUAAAGUUAAUGGAGAAAAUAAAAAUAUUGAAAAUUUAAAUAUUCCAGAAAGCAAUAUGAAAAAUAUCAAUGAAGAAAUGAUUAAGAUAUUAGAAGAAUUAAAUUUAGUUAAAAAAGAAUCUGAACAUUUGAUAGAAGAUUUAAAUAUGAAAAAAUUAAAAUAUGAUAAAACAUUUAUCAAUGAUUUUGCUCAACAGAUAAAUGAUGAAAAAAAAAAAGCCGAGAAAGAUAUGACACUUAUUGAGGAGCUUAAAGUAAAAGUUGAAAAAUUAAAAGAAAAAUUACAGAUCAAAGAAAGCAACAUUGAAAGUUUCAAUUGUGAAGAACAUGUUAAUAAUGCCAAAAAAAACAAGGAUCAAAUAAUCGAAAUAGAAGUGGAAGCUAAUAAGUUAAAAGAAGAGGCUCAUAAUAAUAGUAAAAAAGAAUAUGAAAUUGAUAGUAUCAAGAAAAAGAUUGAAAAACAUAUCGUAGAUUCUAUUAAACACAGAAAUUUGAUAAGAGAUUCAUUAAAUGAAAUGAAAAAUAUAGAAAAGUCAUUAGUAUCAAAAAAUUUUAAAGAGAUUACUGAUGACAUAAAAAAUAAUUUUCAAAAGGCUAAGGAAGAAAAUGAAAAAGAAAAAAAUGAACUAAAAAAAUCAGAAAAAACAAAGAGUGUAAUAUUAGAUUCAUUUCAAAAAGCGGAAAAAUUAAAAGAUUCAUUAAAAAUUAAUUUAGAGGAAAAUGAUAUUGAUAAAAAUAUCGCAGAAGUUAAAAAGCUUAAAGAUAAUAUUUUGAAUAAUGUAAAAAAUAUGGAUAAUUUUUUAACAGAGGUUGAAAAAUGCAAAGGAAAAAUAUCAGUUCAUCAUCAUAAUAUUAUAAGAGAAAAGGAUAAAUUAACCUAUUUAAAAAGCCACGACCAAGAUACCAAAAAAGAAAUAACAGAUAAGGCACUAAAAGAGAUAGAGAACUAUAUAAUUGAAUCUACAAAUUAUACAAAUGAAGCAGAGAAACAUUCAAAAGAAGUUGACAAAAAUUAUAAAUUGGCUUCAGAAUAUGCAGCAAAAGUAAGUGAUAUUUUAGCCGAGUCGUUAAUUUUAGCAGAAAAAAUAAAGUCUGAAAAAAAAAAAAAUGAUUCAAAAAAAAAAUAUAAUGUUAUAAAAGAUAAUUACUCUAAUAUUAAAAAAUCAUUAGAAAAAUCAAAAAAUAAAUUAAUAGAAUUAGAGAAACGAGCUAAUCUUUUAAAAAAAGAAGAUGAGGAAAAAAAUGAAAAAUCCAAUAAUGCAUUUAUUGAAAUAGAAUCUAUUAAAAAAGAUGCAAGUAUUGCUACAUCAGACAUUGAAAUAAUAGAAAAAAGUACAGAAGAAAUUUUUAAUAAUGUCGAAAAUGCAAUAAACUUAAUCUCAGCUGAACCUAAAAAUGAUGAGGGAAAUAAUUCGGAUAAAUUAAAAAUAGAGCAAGACUAUUUAAAAAGUAUUUUGGAUGCUUUAGAAAAAGAAGAAAAUUCAAAAACACUUUUGAAUAAUGAGGAAAUAAAACUGAAGCAAAUAGAAAAUAAAGUUAAUGACAUGGAAAAAAAACUUGGCAAACAUAUGAAAACAUAUGAAGAAGGUAUUUUAGAAGAAAUAAAGAAAAAAUCUGACAUUGAAAUGGAAAGCAUUGAAGCAAUAGAGAACUCAAUUAAUUCAAUGAUUGAUAUUUCAGUUGAAUUUUUUUCUAAACAUUCAAAAAAAAAAGAUGAAAUAACGCCAUUAUUAGAGGUUGCUAGAAAAAAAAUGAAUGAACUAUAUAAUACUUCUAUUGGAUCACAUAAGCAAAUUGAAAACCUUGCUAGAGAUGUUUUGGAUCCUUCUAUAUCCUACGAAAAGGCAAAGGAAAAAAAAGAUGAAGGGAAAAUAGAAAAAGAAAAGCUUAAAGAACAAAAGGAAAUGAUGUUAAAGUUGCUUAAUUAUAUUAAUAGUAUUAAAAAAGAAGAAGGAUUAAAAAUGAUAUCUUUAAUGAAAGAAAAUAUUAAUAAUUUGAAUAAAGAAGCUAAGGAAAAGAAUUCAAUAGUAAAUAAGUAUCUUGAGGAAAUUAAAAAAAGCCUUGAAAAUAUCAAAAAUUCAGAUAACGUUACUGUAGCUUUAAAUGAAUUAGAUCAAAUUAAAAAUACAGUUAAUAAAAUAAACAAAAUUAAAAUAAAAUAUCCUUAUAAGAAUGAAGCAGGUUUAAUUCAUGACGAUAUUAUAGAAGUAGGAAAGUUUAUAGAUAUAAAUGAAGAAUUAAAAAAUGAAACUAUAAAUGAUGUAAAAAAAGUUAUUCAUAAAAUAGGAGAAACGUUAAAUGAUAUAAAUAGCCAAGAGAAUGAAGGUAGAAAUAUAAUUAAUGAAGCUGAGAAUAUAAUUAAACAAAUAAAAUUAAGAAUAGAAUUGAAAGAAACAAUUCACGAGUCUAAAAAUAGAAUAAAUGAUGUUUUAAAUAAAAUGAAAAGUGUACACGAGAAGUAUGUGAAGAUUAAGGAGUUAAAUACUUAUGACGAAGAAUAUGAUCAAAUAUUUAGGGACAAUGCUAAAUAUAAGGAUUUAAAGGAAAUAAUAAGUUCAUGCCAUAAUAAAUCAAAUGAAAUAGAGAGUGAAUUAAAAGUAGAUAUAGAUGAAGUCGAUUCUGAUAAGUUUAAAAACUCCUUAAAUGAUUUAGAAAGUACAGUAGAAAAUUCAAAGAAAAAUGCUUCUGCCACCAGUAUACUAGAAAAAUCAAAAAAAGACAUUGAGCAAAUUAAGAAGAAAUUGAAUAAUAAGUAUAAUAAUGCCUUAAAAAAAAAUGCUUCUGUUGAUGAGUUAUCAGAACAAAGUAAAAAUUCUAAAUUUGCGUUGUUGGAUUUAAUUGUUGCACAUAUUAAUAUUGAAAUAUCUAAAGAUAAGUUAUCAAUUGAAAGAAAAAAAGAAUAUAUUAAUAGUUAUUUGAAGUAUAUACAAAAUAGUCAUGAAUUAAUGACUAAUGAUGUCAAUACUUCAAAUGAAUAUAGUACUGAAAGCCCUAUAAGCAAGUAUGACUCAGUUCAUCUUAAAGAUGCAAAUAAAUACUUCGAGGAUUUCAAAAAAAAAGAACAAGAUACAUUAGAAACUAUAGGUAAGAUAAAUAAUGUAUUUCCAUUAAUAAGUGAAACCAAAAGUGAUGCUGAUGUAAAUGAAGCAUUUCAAACAUUAAAAGAACUACAUAAAAAAUUAAAAAAAGAAAAACGUGAUCUGAAUAAUAUUUAUAAAAAUAUUAACGAUUCUAAAUUAAUAGAAAUGGAAGAAAACGCUAAGAAAUAUUUUGACAUAGCAAAAGCGUACGAGAGUUUCCCAGAUAUUCAAGAAAAAAAAUUAUUAGAUAAUAAAGAUGAGUUAAAAAAAAUAGAAGAUUAUAUGAAGGAAAAAGAACAAGAAUCACAGAGCAUUGAAUCUUCAUACACAGAAGAAUCCUUAAAAAAAGCAAAUGAAAUUUAUGAAAAAGCUAAAUUAGAACUUGUUAAAAUUAAAAAAUUAGAAGAUGAUAAUAAUAAUGAAAACAAAGAAAUGAAAAAAUAUGAACAACAUAUUUCUUAUUUAAUAAAAAGAACAAAAACAUUAUUGGAUGAUACAGAGUAUUAUCAAUACGAAAAUAAUUAUGAGUUAUCAGAUGAAGAAAAUAAGAAAAUAAAUGAUGAAUCAAAUGAAUCUAUAAAAAGAACACAUGAAAAGACAAAUGAAUCGAAACAUAUAUUUGAGAACAUACUACGUAAGAUAGAGAAGAAUAAAGAAAUAUUAUCGGAAAAAAAUGACACAAUUCUGAAUAUUUAUGACAUUAUAAAAAAAUUAGAAAAAACGGAAAAAUAUAUUAAAAAAGGAUUAGAUGCAAAAGAAAUAGAAAACAAUAUAGAAAAUCGUUUAAAAAAAAUUAUAAGAGUAACAAAUGAAAGUAUAAAUAAUAAUAUAUAUAAUGAAAAAAUGAGAACUAUAACUGAAAAAGUUAAAGUAAGAAAAGAAGGAAUGGAAAAAUUCAAGAAUUCUAAUGAAGUAAAUAAGGAAAUUAAUAAUAUACAAAAUGAUAACUCUUAUUUGAAAGAACAAAAAUAUAAAAUUCAAAAUAUAUUGGAAAUAGUAAAAAAUGAAAAAGAAGAAAUGGAUAAAGAAUUUAAUAAUAUGUCUGAAGGCGAUAAUUUUAUGGCAUAUUCAAAUUCUCAAGAACAUAUAUACAAAGGAGAAGGAUUAAUUAAAAAAAUAGUUGGUGAAAUUGAUAGAAUAGAAAAUUUGAUAAAAGAAAAUGAAAACAUAGUAAAAGAAUUUGAAGAUCAUAAUAAAGAAUCAGAUGGUGGAAAUAAUAAAAGUGGAAGAAGAAAAUUCGAUUACUCCAAGAUUAAAUUAGCAGGAGGAAUAUUGGGUGGUUUAUUAGUUUGCUCAGGUGUAAUUUUUAUUGCUUUUUAUAAAAAUAAACAUAUGGAUACAGCACCUGUAAACGAAGAAUUUAAUGAAUUUGAUAAUGACAAUGAAAUAUUUGAUUUAGAUAUAAAAGAUGUAGCUAUUGAUGUAAAUUUUGUUGAAAAUGAUUAA